AUGCAGCUUGCUACAUUUCUUCUGCUGCUCCUGGCGUCAAGUGCUGUCAUUUCCACUUACGGGCCCAACCAGAGAGCGCAGAUGACCGGCGACAUCCUGCUGGGGGGUCUUUUCCCCAUUCACUUCGGUGUUGCAUCCAAGGACCAAGACCUUGCAGCGCGGCCAGAAUCCACCCAGUGUGUCAGGUUUAACUUCCGAGGCUUCCGCUGGCUGCAGGCUAUGAUUUUCGCGAUAGAUGAAAUCAACAACAGCAGCUCGCUCCUGCCAAACAUCACUUUGGGCUACCGGAUCUUCGACACCUGCAACACGGUGUCGAAAGCCCUGGAGGCGACGUUGAGCUUCGUGGCUCAAAACAAGAUCGACUCGCUGAAUUUAGACGAGUUCUGCAACUGCACUGAUCACAUCCCGUCCACUAUUGCAGUGGUGGGAGCGGCAGGAUCUGCUGUGUCGACUGCGGUCGCCAACCUGCUGGGACUGUUUUAUAUUCCUCAGAUCAGCUACGCCUCUUCAAGUCGCUUGCUCAGCAACAAGAACCAGUACAAGUCCUUCAUGAGGACCAUCCCCACGGAUGAGCACCAGGCCACGGCCAUGGCCGACAUCAUCGAGCAUUUCCAGUGGAACUGGGUGAUCGCGGUCGCUUCAGACGACGACUACGGCCGUCCAGGGAUUGAGAAGUUUGAGAAAGAGAUGGAAGAGCGUGACAUCUGCAUCCACCUGAACGAGCUCAUCUCCCAGUACUUUGAGGAGCAGGAAAUCCAAGCUCUCGCCGACAGGAUUGAAAACUCCACAGCCAAGGUCAUCGUGGUGUUUGCCAGCGGCCCAGAUAUUGAGCCUCUCAUCAAGGAGAUGGCGAGGAGGAACAUCACCGACCGGAUCUGGAUCGCCAGCGAAGCCUGGGCGAGCUCUUCGCUCAUCGCUAAACCAGAGUAUCUCGAUGUGGUGGCGGGGACCAUUGGCUUGGCUCUCAAGUCAGGACACAUACCAGCUUUCAAAGAGUUCCUCCAACAGGUCCAGCCGAAUAAAGACAGCCACAACGAAUUUGUCAGGGAGUUUUGGGAGGAAACGUUUAACUGUUACCUCAAAGAUAGCCCCAGGUUGCAGGAGAACGAGAACGGCAGCACCAGCUUUAGGCCCCUGUGUUCUGGGGAGGAGGACAUCACAAGUGUUGAGACGCCCUACCUGGACUACACGCACCUUCGAAUUUCCUAUAAUGUGUACGUCGCAGUUUACUCCAUUGCUCAGGCGCUGCAGGACAUUCUCACCUGCACUCCAGGAAACGGGCUGUUUGCCAACAAUUCCUGCGCAGAUAUAAAGAAAAUGGAAGCAUGGCAGGUGCUGAAGCAGCUCCGACAUUUGAACUACACCAGCAGCAUGGGUGAGAAAAUACGCUUCGAUGAAAGUGCCGACUUGGCAGCCAACUACACCAUCAUCAACUGGCACAGAUCAACCGAGGACGGCUCGGUGGUGUUCGAAGAGGUCGGCUACUACAACAUACACAGCAAGCGCGGGACAAUGCUGGUUAUUGACAAGACCAAGAUCUUGUGGAACGGACAACACUCCGAGCUGACGUUUUCAUGCUCCUUGCCUCAGGUGCCGUUCUCCAACUGCAGCGAAGACUGCGAACCUGGCACCAGGAAAGGCAUCAUCGACAGCAUGCCCACAUGCUGCUUUGAAUGCACCGAAUGCUCUGAUGGAGAGUACAGCAACCAUAAAGAUGCUAGCGUUUGCACCAAGUGUCCAAAUAACUCUUGGUCCAAUGGCAACCACACGUUCUGCUUCCUGAAGGAAAUAGAGUUUCUUUCCUGGACAGAGCCGUUUGGGAUAGCGUUGACCAUCUGCGCGGUGCUGGGUGUGGUGAUGACAUCAUUCGUGAUGGGCGUGUUCGUCAAGUUCCGCAACACUCCCAUCGUGAAAGCCACAAACCGAGAACUGUCCUACGUGCUCCUCUUCUCCCUCAUCUGUUGCUUCUCAAGCUCGCUGACCUUCAUCGGAGAACCUCACGACUGGAUGUGUCGCAUACGCCAGCCAGCUUUUGGGAUCAGCUUCGUUCUCUGUAUCUCCUGCAUUCUAGUCAAAACCAACCGGGUUCUUCUGGUGUUCGAGGCCAAGAUCCCAACUAGUCUCCAUCGUAAGUGGUGGGGGCUAAACCUGCAGUUUCUGCUCGUCUUUCUCUUCACAUUCGUCCAGGUGAUGAUCUGUGUGGUGUGGCUCUACAACGCUCCCCCGUUCAGCUACAUGAUUCUCGACAUAGAUGAGAUCAUCUUCAUCACCUGCAACGAAGGCUCCGAGAUGGCGCUCGCCUUUCUCAUCGGCUACACCUGCCUGCUUGCCGCUGUGUGUUUCUUUUUUGCGUUUAAGUCUCGAAAACUCCCCGAGAAUUUCACAGAGGCCAAGUUCAUCACCUUCAGCAUGCUGAUCUUCUUCAUCGUCUGGAUUUCCUUCAUCCCGGCCUACUUCAGCACCUACGGCAAGUUCGUCUCUGCUGUCGAGGUCAUAGCCAUAUUGGCAUCCAGCUUUGGAAUGCUGGCUUGUAUCUUCUUCAACAAGAUCUACAUCAUCCUCUUCAAGCCCUCCAGGAACACGACUGAAGAAGUGCGGUGCAGCACCGCCGCCCAUGCCUUCAAGGUAGCGGCGAAAGCGACGCUGAAGCAUAACUCCGCUUCAAGAAAGAAGUCCAGCAGCAUCGGCGGCUCCUCUGGUUCGUCCCCGUCGUCCUCCAUCAGCCUGAAGACCAGCGACUGCGGAGGUUCAUCCGGCAGGCCGAGGGUCAGCUUUGGCAGUGGAACAGUGACUCUCUCCUUGAGCUUUGAGGAAUCCAGAAGAAGUUCACUGAUGUGA